AGCACACAGCCUCCUGGGACAUACACCUAUAAGGACUGCGAAGAGAGCCACCUCAAGAGACGAAGAAAAUCAUCAAAGAUCAUGGUGUCUGCUGGGCUUCAGUUACUGGGCACUGCCCUGGCCAUAAUAGGAUGGAUCGGUGUCAUUGUGUCUUGUGCUCUUCCCAUGUGGAAAGUCACAGCUUUCAUCGGCAACAACAUUGUCACGGCACAGACUUCGUGGGAAGGAAUCUGGAUGACCUGCGUCGUACAGAGCACCGGACAGAUGCAGUGUAAAGUCUACGACUCCAUGCUGGCCCUCAGCUCAGACCUCCAGGCCGCCCGUGCCCUCACCAUCAUUUCCAUCGUGAUUGGGAUCCUGGGCAUCAUGCUGGCCAUGGCUGGAGGCAAAUGCACCACUUGCAUCGAGGACGAGAGCUCCAAAUCAAAAGUCGGUAUCACUGCCGGUGUGAUUUUCAUCGUUGCUGGGGUGCUGUGUCUGAUCCCGGUGUGCUGGACGGCUAACGUCAUCAUCCAGGACUUCUACAACCCCUUGUUGAACCAAGCACAGAAGAGAGAGCUGGGAGCAGCUCUGUUCAUCGGCUGGGGAGCCGCUGCGCUGUUGAUCAUCGGGGGAGGUUUGCUCUGCUGCAACUGCCCGCCAAAGGAGGAAACAGGAAAAUACACAGCCAAAUAUAAUGCUGCACCUCGGUCUGCAGCUUCUGCACCAUCUGGCAAGAACUUUGUGUAAAUGAUGGACUCUGAAAUGAACUCUAUAGUGCCUUAAUGUUUACAGUCUUGGUUUGACCAGGAUGUAGCGGCUCAAAAAGAGUUUGCAAACAGGUAUCAUGAGGACUUGAAAAGCUAUCAAUUAAAUGCUGAUGUUACAAGUUUUCUACAGAUUUUCUACAUAUAAGACAAUGAGGAAAAUGGGGAACCACGUUAAAAAAAAAAAAAAACCUUCGCAUUUGAAGAAGGCUAAUUUGAUAUCUGUCUUGUUUAAGUAUGAUCAAAUUUUCCUCUCAAAGCAUUUGUCAUGUUUGACAUGUUUUGUUUUUUUUCAUUUAAAAUGUAUUUUGAUUUUUUUCAAGUAUUUGAACGUUUUAUGAUUUUGUAAAUACCACUUUUGUACAGGGAAAAUAAAAAUGAUAUUUGUAUCGCA